AUGAAAAACUUAAAUGUAAAACCGUACCAAGCGUACCAUCCCUACAAUAGGCCAAACAAUAAUAAUCAACAACAACAGCAGCAACCAAAUCAUCAUAAUCAAUACCCACAACAACAACAACCACAUCACAAUCUCCCCCAAAUACCCAAUUACCAUUCUUAUACAACAAAUCAAUCUGCAAGAUAUAACAACAAUUCGUAUAGCUCUCCAACGACAACUCCCACAGCCUCAGCAACAACACCAACAACGUCAUCAUCAGCAUCACCACAAUCGAUUUCAAAUCAUCACAGCCUAACACCACCUACGCUUGGCGGUUAUUUAGCUAAUCAACAUCAUUUACAACAACAACAACAGCUGCAGCAACAAGAGCAACAUUUGUUAAGGCUACAACAAAGUUAUAAUCAACAACAACAAGCUUCACAACAACAAUCCAACAUGUUGAGUGUAAAUCACAAUAACAACAACAAUGCCUACAACUAUAAUUUCCCUUUCAAUGCACUCUGCAAUACCAACAACAACAAUAUCCCACAUCAUUUCAAUAAUCAAGCAACAACAACAACACCAAAGUCACAACACCACAACAAUAGCAAUGCUCUCUCUCGUCCCCAACGACCAAACUCUCUUAACCUCAAUAGUAUGGCUUCUUUGGCCACACCAAUUUCCGGUUCCGCCUACACAAACAAAACGUCAGCAGCCGCUGGCAAUGUCAUAACCGGUCCCUUGUCUGCACCACCACCAUCGUCAUCAUUGCCGCCAUCGGCUACAGCAACAAGUGUUGCUGCUGGCCAUGGUGUGGGAUUUCCAUUUCCACCGCAAACAUUUUACAAUCAAAGAGAGAAUUUCUUUAAUGCCAGUGCUCAAAAUUACUACAACACUAUGCAGCAGCAACACCAACAACAACAGCAGCAGCAGUUGCAGCAACAAUCUCAACACCACCAACAACAAUUGUUGCUGCAACUAAUGAUGGUGGUGGCAUGGCCACUCCUGCCGCACAUCAAUCAAAUAAUAAUAUAA